GUCCCUUCCUUCCCAGAGCCUCGGUCGCCUCCCUCCGCCGCCGCCCCGGGCCGGCUCCGCGCCCCCUCCCCGGCCCCCGCCCGUGCACCCUCCCGCCUGCCCGCCGCCCAGAUGGCGCCCCGGGUUCCCCUUGCACGGGGCCACUAGGACCCUCGGUGUCUUCUCCCCUCCCCCGUCCUGCCCUCUCUCGCUCUCCCUCAGCGAGGACUCGGGCGUCCACGGCGCCCAGCUUUUGAGCUCGCGUCCCCAGGUCGGCUGGGGGGGGAGGGGAAGAGAGGGGACCCCAGGAUCCCCACCCCCCCCACCCGGCCGCCCCUGUCCCUUUCCCUCCUGGGACCCCAGAGAAGAUGUCUUCGAGAACGGCGCUGGCCCCGGGCAACGAUCGGAACUCGGACACGCAUGGCACCUUGGGCAGUGGACGAUCUUCAGAUAAAGGGCCAUCCUGGUCUAGCCGUUCUCUGGGUGCCCGUUGCCGGAACUCUAUCGCUUCCUGCCCCGAGGAACAACCCCAUGUGGGCAACUACAGGCUGCUAAGGACCAUCGGGAAGGGCAACUUCGCCAAAGUCAAGCUGGCUCGGCAUAUCCUCACAGGCCGGGAGGUCGCUAUCAAGAUCAUUGAUAAAACCCAGCUGAACCCCAGUAGCUUGCAGAAGCUGUUCAGAGAAGUCCGAAUUAUGAAGGGACUCAAUCACCCCAACAUCGUGAAGCUUUUUGAGGUGAUAGAGACGGAGAAGACGCUAUACCUGGUGAUGGAAUAUGCUAGCGCAGGAGAAGUGUUUGACUACCUCGUGUCACACGGCCGCAUGAAGGAGAAGGAGGCUCGAGCCAAGUUUCGGCAGAUCGUGUCAGCCGUGCACUACUGUCACCAGAAGAACAUUGUCCACAGGGAUCUGAAGGCUGAGAACCUGUUGCUGGAUGCUGAGGCCAACAUCAAAAUCGCAGACUUCGGCUUCAGCAAUGAGUUCACGCUGGGCUCCAAGCUGGACACCUUCUGUGGGAGCCCCCCGUACGCCGCCCCAGAACUGUUCCAGGGCAAGAAGUAUGACGGGCCAGAGGUGGACAUCUGGAGCCUGGGUGUCAUCCUGUACACGCUGGUCAGCGGCUCCCUGCCCUUCGAUGGGCACAACCUCAAGGAGCUGCGGGAGCGAGUCCUUAGAGGAAAGUACCGAGUCCCCUUCUACAUGUCUACAGACUGCGAAAGCAUUCUGCGGAGAUUUCUGGUGCUGAACCCCGCAAAACGCUGUACUCUAGAGCAAAUCAUGAAAGACAAGUGGAUCAACAUCGGCUAUGAGGGUGAGGAGCUGAAGCCAUACACGGAGCCCGAGGAGGACUUCGGGGACACCAAGAGAAUUGAGGUGAUGGUGGGUAUGGGCUACACACGGGAAGAAAUCAAAGAGGCCUUGACCAACCAGAAGUACAACGAGGUGACCGCCACCUACCUCCUGCUGGGCAGGAAGACUGAGGAGGGUGGAGACCGGGGUGCCCCAGGGCUGGCCCUGGCACGGGUGCGGGCGCCCAGCGACACCAGCAACGGGACAAGCUCCAGCAAAGGCAGCGGCCACAGCAAAGGGCAGCGGGCUUCAUCUUCCACCUACCACCGCCAGCGCCGGCACAGCGACUUCUGUGGCCCAUCCCCUGCCCCACUGCACCCAAAGCGCAGCCCAACCAGCACGGGGGACACGGAGCUCAAAGAAGAGCGGCUGCCAGGUCGGAAAGCAAGCUGCAGUGCAGCGGGCAGUGGGAGUCGAGGCUUGCCCCCCUCCAGCCCCAUGGUCAGCAGUGCCCACAACCCCAACAAGGCAGAGAUCCCCGAGCGACGAAAGGACAGCACGAGCACCCCUAACAACCUACCCCCCAGCAUGAUGACCCGAAGAAACACCUACGUGUGCACAGAGCGACCAGGGUCUGAGCGCCCGUCCCUGCUGCCAAAUGGCAAAGAAAAUAGCUCCGGUACCUCACGGGUGCCCCCUGCCUCACCCUCCAGUCACAGCCUGGCUCCCCCAUCGGGAGAGCGGAGCCGCCUGUCUCGGGGCUCCACCAUCCGCAGCACCUUCCAUGGGGGCCAGGUCCGAGACCGGCGGGCAGGGGGCGGGAGUGGCGGGGGUGUGCAGAAUGGACCCCCGGCCUCACCCACGCUGGCCCACGAGGCUGCACCUCUGCCCUCCGGGCGGCCUCGCCCCACUACCAACCUCUUCACCAAGCUGACCUCCAAACUGACCCGAAGGGUUACCCUCGAUCCCUCUAAACGGCAGAACUCUAACCGCUGUGUCUCGGGCGCCUCUCUGCCCCAGGGAUCCAAAAUCAGGUCACAGACGAACCUGAGAGAAUCGGGGGACCUGAGGUCACAAGUUGCCAUCUACCUUGGGAUAAAACGGAAACCGCCCCCCGGCUGCUCCGAUUCCCCUGGAGUGUGAAGCUGACCAGCUCGCGACCUCCUGAGGCCCUGAUGGCUGCCCUGCGACAGGCCACGGCGGCCGCCCGCUGCCGGUGCCGCCAGCCGCAGCCGUUCCUGCUGGCCUGCCUGCACGGGGGUGCGGGCGGGCCCGAGCCCCUGUCCCAUUUCGAAGUAGAGGUGUGCCAGCUGCCCCGGCCCGGCCUCAGGGGCGUCCUCUUCCGCCGUGUGGCGGGCACCGCCCUGGCCUUCCGCACCCUCGUCACCCGCAUCUCCAACGACCUCGAACUCUGAGCCACCGCCACCACCAUCGCCACAGCCACCAUCACAGCCCGGGUCCUUUCUUUCUCUGGUUUCUUUCACUUUCCCAAGAGGGGAAGGGGACAGAGGAGGGAGUGCCCCGUAUCAUGACUGAAGUUUCCCUGGAUUAGAUUGGUGGACAGAGACAGUGUGGGGACACAUGACAUGAUAAAAGGGCUCAGAGGGGAGCUGGCACCCUCCCAGGGCUUCUAGUGGGACACCCCCUCCCCCAUCUUGCUCUGCUGCAGGGCACCUGAGGAAACUUUGGGGACAGGAGUGAGAAGGGAAACUAAGGAAAUUCUCCCAUUCAGGGAGAGCUGCCAGGCAUAAUGAGACUGGAGACAGAACUUGGGGGUUCAGGGAGUUGGGGGGAUCACAGGCAGAAACCUUCCCCUCCCUCCCCCUUAUGCUCAAACCUCCUUCAUGCCCCAGGCUGGCGCGGGGCACUUUGUACAAAUCCAUGUAUAUACUCCUGUCCCUCUGCAGAGGUCUCUCGGGAGCUGCCGCUGUCGCCUCCGGUUUUUUAAGUUAUUGCCCCCCCCCCCCCCACUUCUGUCAGUUCCUCACCUGCAGCCUGUUACUCAAUAAACAGUAGGAGUCCCUCCAACCCCCUCCCGGACCCCGUCCCUGGCCGACCUGGGGUUUUCCUUCCCAGCCCUUGGCCUGCAGGUGAGCCAGGGAGCUGGGGACUCGACCCCAACCUGUGGUUCUGCUUGCUGAGCCUCCGGUAUCUCAUCUGCAGAUUGGGAACAGUGGGGUUGGAGGGCGGGUCAAGGAUGAUCAUGGAAGAGGGCAGAACAGAACUCGGCCUCUUCCGUGAGGCCCCAGCCUUCUGUGACACCCUCCUUGGCCACUCACUCCCCUCUGCCAUAUUACACUGGACCCAGAGCCUCUUCCUGUUCCAGUAUUACAUGUAUUCAAUAAACAGUCAGUGACUGGUGCCGACUCCACUCUAGGCCCAGUUCUGGA